AGCACAUAGGCGGGCAAGAGAACAAACUGAACACAACUUAUUCGACUUAUUCGAGGCCGGCUUUGUUGCUGUGUGAUCUGUUCCGUUGAAUUAUAUGCCGUGCAGCUAGUUGUGAUCAACCUUCUCGGACCACAAUUUUUUAGCUGAAGAUACCAAAGCCUUCAGAGAGCAAAGUACAUCAUUAAGGGCCUCUCCGCGCGCCGGCAGUGCUCGCUCAGCGGCCGCCGUCCGUCCGACCGUCCGUCGUGCCCGCGGAGGUACGAUGCUGCGCUCCCUGGCACGUCUGGUGCGCGCCGCGCCGCCGCUGCCGGCGGAGACCGUGUUGCGGAGGUCGCCGACAGUCGCCCGGCUGACCCGUCCCUUCGGCAGCCUACCAGGGCUGCGGCCGAUCGCCAUCAAUGACCUGGGCGCCGACUGCCCGUACUCGGCCGAGGAGCAGGCCGUGCGCUGCAAGCUGGCCUCGCUCUACCGACUGGUGGACGCCCGCGGCUGGAGCAUGGGCAUCUACAACCACAUCACGGCGCGGAUCACCGCCAGCGACGAGCACUUCCUGGUGAACCCCUUCGGCCUGCUCUACGACGAGGUGACGGCCAGCAACCUGGUGCGUGUCGACCUGGCCGGCGCCGUGCUCGACCCCGGUUCCAGCGCGGCCGGCGUCAACCUGGCCGGCUACGUGCUCCACUCGGCCAUCCACGAGACGCGGCCGGACGUCAUGUGCGCGCUGCACGUCCACCUGCCCGACGCCAUCGCCGUGUCCACCAUGCAGUGUGGCCUGCUGCCCAUCACACAGGAGGCUCUGGUCGUGCACGGGUUCGCCGGAGUCAGCUACCACGACUACCAGGGCAUCCUCAUCAACAGUGCAGAAAAGAAGGAUAUUCAGGAAAACCUCGGACCCAAGAAUAAGGUGCUGGUGCUGCGGAACCACGGCGUGGUCGUGUGCGGCGAGACCGUCGAGGAGGCCUACCUGCUGCUCGACUUUUUCAUGAUCGCCUGCCAGUCGCAGGUGGCUAUGAUGGCCGCCGGCGUGGACGGCCUCGCCCAGAUCUCCAGCGUCGCCUUCGAGAACAUGCUCAAGAUGAAAGAAGAAGCCAAGGGCGUGGAUACGAAGACCAUUUCGGAGGGUAAGGCGCUGCAGUUCGGUCAGCAGGACUUUGAGGCGUGUAUGAGGAAGCUGGACCGCGCUGGGCUCAGCACCGGCUACCCGUACCGGCGCCCCGAGCUGCUGGACCGCCAGUGAGAGCUGCUGGCCGCCGGUGGGAGCUGCUGGGCCGCCAGUGGGAGCUGCUGGGCCACCAGUGGGAGCUGCUGGGCCGCCAGUGGGAGCUGAGUACCGGAGCUGCCGUGCUGCCAGUGGGAGCUGAGUACCUGUACCGCUCGGUCUCCAGUGGGGUCUCAGUACAUGUACCGGUACCUGUACCGCUCGGGGUCCAGUGGGGUCCCAGUGCCUGCACCGGUAUCGGUACUGCCCGGGGUACUGAAGGGUCUCAGUACCUGCACCGGUAUCGGUAUCGGUACCGUAAGUCAGCAGUGAGGCCCGCCGCACAGUAGCGCAGACACACGAUCAAACUCAGAAUGCAAAAUAACGUAAACAGAUGAUGUAAGUAAAUUACCAGCAAACGAAAAGAUCGGGGGCCAAAUAAAUUUUACAACUCUGAACGGCAGAAUCGAUAUCAAUUAUGUCACGAUGUCGAUCAUGUGUUGCUGAGUACCUGACGUUUGUUUGCUGGGCACAACCCGCUCAACGUUUGCCCGUGGUCGUCGGCGUGUUAGGGCACUGAGCAGCGUUUGGCCCCGGCUGGUGGUCUGGGCGGUCCCGUGAGAUACACCGCUGUGUGACACCAGUUUUAGUUGUGUAACGUGCUGGCUAGGCUGUCGUUUGUAAGACAUGUUAUAUGGUAUUGGAUAUUUAAUCGCUGAAAUGCUUGACUCGUGUAUGAACAAUGAACAUAGGUAUAAACCGAC